AUGCAGAGCAUUUACACGUCUGCACAGGGGCGGACUGACCAUUUGGAAACUCGGGCACUGCCCGAGGGCCUGGGGUCAGUAGGGGGCCCCAUGAGAUGCCCCUGGUACCUUUUUCAUAGGCUUUUUUGAGUUUGGGCAAGGACACAGGGGCCCCAUGAUCCCCUAUUGCCCGGGGGCCCCAUGAGUUGUCAGUCCGCCCCUGCGUCUGCAUUUUAAAUAUCAGUAUGCAAUUUAAUUUGUGUUCCCAAUUCACAAUACAGAUACCCUGGGAUUAGACAUGGUGCAGAGAUGUGAAAAAGUUUGCCUUU